AUGUCGUCACCACCGCCCUAUCAGACACCAACUACUUCUCUCAAACGCCCCUCCAUCUCAUCCACCACAUCCCAACCCAUUGGCAAGAAGCAGCGCAUGCAUCCGCUCCGUCAGACCUCAUUCCCAGCAAACCUCGACCCAACGGAUCGUAGCUUCGGCGGCACUAGUGAUGCCGGCAGUGUUACGGGAAGCUUCACAGGGAGUCUGGGCGGGACGAGUGCGGAUGGAGUAUUCGCCGGCGCGGCGCGUGGGAAGAAGCGCGGACGGAAGAGCAAGGCUGAUAAGGAGCGGGAACGCGAUGAUGCGAUAAGCACACGAACUGGUGACGCGGGUCGGUUUGGAUCUGCGGAUGCCGAGGGCUCAGUACGGGGAGGCAUGGGUGGUGGGCGUGCAGCCGACGAUGGGGACGAUUAUGAUGACGAUGAUGAUGAGGGAGAGCUAUUAGGUCGUGAGGAGGGGGCUACAGACACGGAGGCCGAGAAGAAAAAUCUUGCUAUUUUGGUCGAUGCGUUCAAUCCCAUUCAAUCCGAAAGAUACGACCUGUUUAAGCGCGCAAAGCUGCGCAAAGAAUCUCUUCGUCGAAUUGUCAAUCAUGCACUCUCCCAGUCUGUCCCGGCAAGUGUGGUCACAUCAGUCAAUGGUUUCACCAAGGUUUUCGCGGGCGAAAUGAUUGAAAAGGCACGAACUGUUCAGGCCGAAUGGGCCGAGGCACACGAUCAGGCAGCGCGUGCCGCCUUCGAUGCCGAAGAAGCCGCCGCGGAAAAAGCUGCGCAAGCCAAAGCCGAAGCUCAAGCUCAAGAAAUGGCUAAGAGAGGGACCCCGACAUCAUCGGGGACACCUGCUCUGGGCAAUGGCAUCAAGAAAGAGUCCCCCGACCCAUCGCAAGCCCAGGCUUCCCCGAAACCCGGCUCUAAUCUCAACUCCACAUCCUCGCCUGCACCUUCUCAAUCCUCACAGCACCUUGGUCUGAAAACAGCACCUAGUCCGGUACCUUUGCGUCCACGACGCGAAUUCCGCCCGCCACCCAACCCACACCGAGGUCAACUUUUACCCUCACACUUGCGGGAAGCACAGCGACGGUGUAAGCGUGAUGGUGAAGGCGGCGGUGUCGGCUUCUCGGGAAUGAGUAUGGAUAAUCUAGGCGUCAAAGGCGACCCAACAGCAAAAGGCGAUCCUCGAAAAAGUGUCAAAUGGAUUGAUGGUCUACGAGGUAUAGCCUCAUUCCUAGUAGUCCUUACCCAUCUCGCUCGCGCAUGGGAUUACGACCUAUUUUCCCCAAGCGAUACCGAAGACGCAGCUCCCCGAAUCCUCCAAUGGCCCAUCCUGCGCAUCCCCUGGCAAGGCCGGAUAGGAGUAACGGUAUUCGCUUUCCUAACGGGCUACGUAUGCGCCUUGAAACCACUGAAGCAAUCUCGCAGCGGAGAUACAGGCGCCGCAUUAACCACUGUCGCUAAAAGCGCAUUUCGACGACCCCCGCGCUUGAUACUCCCCGCCACCAUCGCAUUACUGAUCUCGUGGGUUGUGGCACAGUUUGGCGGUUUCGUUGUUGCCAAUCGAUCCGAUUGUUGGUGGUGUCGGUAUGCGGCGCCAGAGUUGGAAGAUUCAUUUUGGAAAGAGGUCGUCAGACUCGGAGGGAAUUUCUUGUCUACAUGGACGACAGGGUAUAUGGCAUAUGAUGAUCAUCAAUGGGCACUUUUGCCGCUGUUGUUAUCCAACGGUGUUUAUGCGGUUUCGGUACCGAAUGUUGAAACUUUCCAACUGCAAGCCGUCUAUGGCAUGCUCCUUAGCGACCUCUCGUAUAACGCAACACUCAAAACCUGGAUCCAAGAACACCGCUACCUCCGCAAAGCAAUUACCUUCCCGCUCGCAAUUCUUGGACUCCUGAUAGCCUCAUACCCUGGCGAACACCCGGAAUGGGCAACCUGGUCCAAUACAAUGUUCAAAGCAGCAACAUACAUCUUCCCACCCGACGUGAAUAUUGGAAAACGCUACUCAGCCAUCGGAGUCGACAUGAUUAUUCUGGCAAUUUACCUCUCCCCUACUACGAAAGAUUUUCUUGCGAACCGCCUCUUGCUCUGGCUAGGUAAGCAGAGUUUCGCCGUAUACCUCAUCCACGGCACAAUGCUGCGUGUCGUGCUGUGUUGGAUGCUGUAUGGUAUUACUGGGCAGCCUUGGGACGGCCCUGAAGGGGCAACAGAUGAUAUCCGGGAUGAUUGGUUACCGCUGAGGUCGCCGUGGGUUGUUGCUGUCAGUAUACCUGCUUGGAUUGGGCUUGUUUAUGCGUGCGCAACAGCCUGGACAGCGUACGUGGAUACGUUUUGCGCGAGGAUAACGGCGAAGUUGGAGAAGGCUGUCUUUGUGGGAGAUGAGGGUGAGAAGGAGGGGUUGCCUUUGCCUGCUACUUCUAUUCCUAUGCAGACUGCUUGA